CUUGCGACCCCCAAACAUGUGUGAAAGUAAUAACAUUAGCCGGUCAUUCUGACACUUUACAUAUUCCAGUUUGAGUCCUGCGCUACGACGCAGAAUGAACUGUCUGCGACGUCAGCUGCUCGACUUGCCGCCGGGGCAGGUGGCUCUUCCUUUAAGGCAGAGUCGGGGUCCGCAAUCUAGCGUCUGCGUCGUCGGUCUGUACUGAGUGACAGAGGUGAUCUCAGGAAGAAUAUUGGCUAUAUAUGUCGGUGCAGAUCUCCAUGAUUCGCAAUGAUAAAAGGACACAAUCGUGGUAUCUAUACCGACAGCAAGACUUCUAGUAUGGCACGAGCGAUCUCCCUCAGGACGAUUUUGGCGUUACUCUUCGCCUUCGUCUUUCAAAUUGCAUUCGCUGCUCCGACGGAAUGCAACUCCAUUUCGGACCAUACCUCUGCCUGUAAUAUCGAUCUCGAUAUUCGAGACCUUCUCAAACGGUAUUCUGGUAACCCUCGGGGCAAGGUCGGCACUGGUGGCCCAGCCAAAUCAGAUUACCCGAGUGACGAAGAAAUCCGCAAAGCUUACCUCAAGCCUUCUGGACCACAUGUCUUCUACAGUGGCAUCGGUGCAGACACGACUGAUCCGUACGCAUUCUCUCAAAAGGUCGGAGGUGUGAUUCUCCGCAAUGCCUUCCCCAAGAAAUACUUGAAUCAGAACAAACGUUCUGAGGAGUGGCUAGGCGAUUUCUGGGACAGGACGUCCGGAAUAUUCGCAGAGCUCGCGCCACUUGAUAACGCGUACAUUGUGUCAGAGUUCCACAAAGAUACAAUUCAGGACUGCAGCAUCUGGACCCGCAUCGAAAGCCCGACUCUCAAGGCCAAAGCUACGAUCAAGACAAUCACUCUAGUGGACCGAUCAAACUUUGACAACAAGAAGGUCAUUUACACAAAGAGUCAGAGUAAACGCGAGGCAAAAGUCCCUAUAACGAAGCCUGUUCCGGCAAAGCGUGUCAAAGCCUGCGACGGAGCUGUCGUUGAUACUCGUUAA